AUGGAAGGCCAUGAUCCUUCCGCUACUCGAAGACAAGUGCACAGUGCUGUCCUCAGCCUUCUCGUGGAUAUGGUCCUCUACGAUGUCCAAUGGGGCGUGCUUACAAAUUAUGAAGCAUGGCUGUUCUUCUCCCGAUCUUCUGACACCAAUAUAUUUUACUGCUCUCCUGUCGUAUUCCGCAUGGUGGGUAAUCAAGAAGGACGAGGAGAGGCCCAAGAACAUCGAACGGGAGAAGAGAAGGCAUCUGAGCCGUCGAUAGAAGUGAGGGGCGCAUGGUGGGCGGACGAACCUCUGAGAGCUCUCCUCGGGUUAUGCCUUCACAUAACAAGGGAUCGCUUGGACAUUAAUGAGGCGCCAGGGGAGAACGUGGACAGUGAAGCACCCGAGAUUGUGUGCGUUAGCACAUCAGCCAACAUCUUGGCUAUCACUUGA